UUCCUUUCUUUCUUUGCCCGCCUAGAUUUGACCUAGAACUCCCGGAUGGAAACAAGCAGGUGCGUGGGGUCACCUCGAAGGGAGGAGCCUGUUCAACGUCUUGGAGCUGCAUCAUCACCGAAGACACUGGCUUCGGUUUGGGCAUCACCAUUGCACAUGAGAUUGCCCACAGCUUUGGGGUUGACCACGAUGGGGAAGGGAACCGCUGCGUGGGAGACCGACACAUUAUGGGCUCCGAAGGGGGACACAACAGCGUGGAUCUGACGUGGUCGGUCUGUAGCAGGGAGCAGCUCCAGGCAUUUGUCAGUACAGGCCAAGCAAGCUGCACGGAUGAUUUGCCCGCGUUACAGAGCAGCCUGCCGGAAGCAAAGCCUGGCCUGUAUUUUGGAGCAGAGGAACAGUGCAAAAUUGCCUUCGGUUCAGGGGCUUCGGCCUGCACUUUCAGCUACGAGGUGGACAUGUGUCAAGUUCUCUCCUGCCACACCAAUUUGGCUGAUCAAUCCACCUGCUCUCGGCUCCAUGUCCCGCUUCUGGAUGGAACCGAAUGUGGGAUCAACAAGUGGUGUUCUAAAGGACGCUGCAGCUCCUUAGAAGAUUUGUCUCCGGUUAGCAUGGUUCACGGGCAGUGGUCCAGCUGGACCUCCUUCACUUCCUGUUCCAGGAGCUGUGGAGGGGGGAUCAGGUCAAGGCAACGACAAUGCAACAACCCCCGACCCGCUUUCGGUGGGCAACCGUGCCAGGGAGAAGCCUUGGAACCCGAGAUUUGCCAUCUGCAGCCCUGCCUGAAGAGCCAGAUGGACUUCAUGGAUGAGCAGUGUUCAGCCACCAACGUGAAGCCCCUCUACCUUCAUCGGCAGUUGCCUUCCUUCUACAGGUGGAUUUCAGCAGCGAGCUACGCCAAAGGAGAUGAUCUGUGCCAAUAUAUGUGCCAGGCAGCUGGGAAGAACUUCAUGGUGAGCCGUGGGGACCGAUUCAUUGAUGGGACAAGAUGCAAGAAAAGCAGCCUGGCGGAGGAGGAGUAUACCCUCGCUUUGUGUGUGAUGGGCAGCUGCAGGGUGUUUGGGUGUGAUGGACGGAUGGACUCCGGAAAGACGAUGGAUGCAUGUCAAAUAUGCGGAGGAGAUGGCACAUCAUGCGUAAACGUGAAGGGCUCUUUCAAUGGGGGGAAAGCCAAAGAGUACACCACCUUCCUGAUGUUGCCUCCCAACGCCACCUCAGUCCAUGUGGUCAACCGGAAACCCCUCUUCACCCACUUGGCUGUGAAAAUCCAAGGACACUAUGCAGUCGCUGGGAAAGGACUGAUUUCUUUAAACGUCACCUAUCCUUCGAUCAUGGAAGACAACAGGUUGGAGUACAAGGUCUUCCUUACGGAGGAUAAUCUCCCCAGCUUAGAGGAGAUUCACCUGGCUGGACAGGUUCAGGAAGAGACAGAGAUACAGGUUUACAGGAAAUAUGGGAAAGAAUAUGGAAGUGCCACCAGUCCCGAUAUCACCUUCAGCUACUUUAGACCGAGGGAGAAAGAGAGCCACACCUGGACGGCUCAGUCUGGCCCUUGCUCAGUCACCUGCGGGACAGGCACACUGCAAGUCCGUUACUCCUGCAUGGACCAGGCAAGAGGCGAGGAGAUGGAUGACCGCUAUUGCCUCAAGAUGCCAAAGCCCGCUUCUAGGCAAGAAACAUGCACCGUGAAACAUUGCCAACCGCAUUGGAAGAAAUCACAGCUGGCCAUAUGUUCUGCCGUUUGUGGCUUGGGAGUAGCCAAGUGGAACGUGACCUGCAUCCAGGUGGCCGAUGGGCAGGAAUCCACUGUGGAUGAGAAGCUGUGCCCAGCUGACCAGAAACCCUCGGCCUUCGUGCCAUGCACUGUGAACGACUGCCCGAUGGGAUGGGGCGCUGAAUCCACAUCUGGUGCUCCAGAAGACCAAGACCGGAUUGGAAAUCAGUCUGUGUAUGUCUGGAGCCCUUUGGCUGGAGAGUGUCCGGUCUCCUGUGGAGGAGGACGGAGGUUGCUGAGUUACGUCUGCCUGGUUUUCGACACUAAAGAAGAAAAAGAGGAAGGACGCUGUGACCAGACCCAGAAACCAGCGAACCGCCUGGAAAUUUGCAACCCUGACCCAUGCCCCCCAAGGUGGUUUUACAAGCAAGGUGCGUGUAGUGUGACGUGCGGUGAAGGUGUUAUGCGCAAGGUCUUGUACUGCGCACGAGGGACUGGGGAGGAGGAAGAGGUCCUGCCAGACACAGCCUGCGAGGACUCCUUGCGCCCUGAAGAACAGGAAGCGUGCCACCUGGAAUCCUGUCCACCCAGCUGGAAAGUGACUGAGCGUGGUCCCUGCUCCUCUUCCUGUGGAGUUGGAGUAGCUACCCAAUCCGUGGCUUGCGUGAGGCUUUCUGGCGGCCGAAAGGUGGAGGUGGCCGAGGGCCACUGCCCAGAAGCGGAAAAGCCCCUCUCCGUCGUACCCUGCAUCCUCCGGGUCUGCCCUUACGAAUGGGGGUUCACCCCAUGGACGCAGUGCUCUGUCUCCUGUGGAACCGGCAUCCAGAGACGGCGGGAUUUCUGCGUCAACCCCCAAACCAAGACCAGAGUCAACCCUCUCUUGUGCAUGCAUGCCCCUAAACCCAUGAUGGUGAGAACGUGUUCCACCACCCCAUGCCUCGAACAGACCACAAUGAAGACAAACCUUGGAGCAGAUGUCCCGACACCAACCCGGCUUCCAGGGGCAGAGGCCCUGACCACCCCUGAGGCCACUCAUCAUCUCAAAGGACGUCAGGACCAGGCCUUCGACCUUCCGUGGUCGAAAGGAGAAGAUCUCGAGAAGAAAGAAACCAAGGCAGAUCUCUCAGAAGAAUCCAGUAUCUGCGGAAGGCAGUGGCUGGGUCCCAGUGGAUUAAUCAACAUGACAGGUGUGCAAGCCAGGAUUUGCACGGCUGCCAUAGGCCGGCCUUUAGGGGAGAUGAUCACAGUCCAGGUGUUGCAGAGUUCCUUGAACUGCAGCGCAGGAGAAAUAUUACUCUUUGCGACCCGGACGAUGUGGAGGAUGGCUUGUAAGAAACUGAAGCUGUUGAUGGUGAACACCCACACCAACACUCUGAUAAUAAGGCAACGCCGGCUGUUGUCGGGCAGUGGCGUUGUGCUACACUACACCAGCAGGUUGGCAGAGAAGAAAUACCAUCAAGCCUGUGACAGGCAGCUGUUUGGUCCCCAGGGGCUCAUCCUGAACCCAGGACCAUCGCUGGAUGGGGAACGACAAAUGGCUUGCAGGAUAUUUAUCGAUGUGGCACCUCAUUUGCGCAUUGCCAUUCAUGCCAUGUAUGUGGAGUUCCAAACAACGGCCAACGAAACACACUCCAGCUACAUUUCGAUUCGAGACAUCGAAUCCUUGAGGACUACCGUCUUCCAUGGCAACCGUCUUUUCUACUGGGAAUCCGUCGGCAGCCGAGCCGAGAUCGAAUUCAACCAAGCCCUGGCCAACGUCAGCUUCCGAGCGGAGUACUGGGCCACCAAGUAGUCCUUCGUUAGCUCGGCCGAUGUGGAAAACGCUGCGAACAAGGCAAUGCCAGUAUAGUCGGAAGGGACCUUGGAGGUCUUCUAGUCCAACCCCCUACUCAAGCCGGACAGGAGGCAGGAAAGGGCCCACUGCUGAGCUCUCUGCCACAAACUUGAAACGGAUGAGCGAAGCUUUUGUUGUGCCUUUCUGUAGAUGUCUUAUGCAUCUGUUUUUGCAAACCAUGGUUAUCUUUUCUUCCGUCAACCUAUCCAAAGCUGGAGCAGGGGCCUACCUGCAGGGUUGUUGUAACAAGGACUCGGCGCUUGAGCAUCAAAAUCAAUCCCCGUGGAGUAGCCGCUUGGUACCUCUGAAAAAAAAAGUGAGCUGCAGCUCGCCAAAACUUCUGCCUUUGAAUAAAACAUAGUUGGAAAAAAA